AGAGACACCCUACGAAGUUGCCGACAGUCGAGACGUCACGUAGUCUUCGCUCUUUUUUCACUAGUGUGUGUAUUCGAGCCGUGUGCACGUGAGCCCGCCAGUGUGUUCGUGUGCAUAUUGUUACGACGACGAACGUACGACAGUGUUGUGCUGUGAAGUUUUCGCCGAUAUUUAAUUGUGAUUACAAGAAUUUCUACGGUCUUUUGCGUCUAAAUAAUACCAUUAUUUACCUAACUAGGUGUAUCGUUCAAUAACAAUACUUUUACGGAGUGUUGUAGUAUAGUGUGGACAUAGCUAUAAUAAGCAGUGCAUUUGUUUAUUUAUAGACAGUCGCAAUUUGCAGUCAUGUAAUUAUUCCUGUGGCGCUAAAAUGUCUCAGAAGGAUACAGCGAUACAUUUGGUUGCCGGAGGAGUUGCUGGUACUGCUGGGGCUGUUGUGACAUGUCCAUUAGAAGUAGUAAAGACACGUCUGCAGUCUUCAAAGGGCGUUGGAAUAUCACCGCCGUCCCAACCACCUCCGUCUGACAAUGCUAGCAAUGCAAGGAAGAUCUGCUCUAAGAUUCCUAAACAUCAGGAGGCCAAAUGGGGCUACAGACGUACGAUGGGCGCGAUGUUCGCAUACAGCAAGCAAGCAGAUCGUAUGCUGAUGUCGUACAAUUGUCAGGUACAGCAGUGCGCGCGGGCGGGACAAGCCCGGCCCCCGUCCAGGAUGAGCCUUAUACAGUGCAUUAGACAUAUAGUACAGACUGAAGGCCCUAAAGCGCUAUUCAAAGGGUUAGGACCCAACAUUGUGGGCGUAGCGCCGUCCAGGGCCAUAUACUUCUGCACAUAUUCGCAAGCAAAGGCGAUAUUGAAUCAAAACAUAUCGCCGGAUACACCGAUCGUGCACCUAUCCGCAGCCAGUGCUGCAGGGUUUGUGUCUUGUACGAUGACAAAUCCUAUUUGGUUUGUUAAGACACGAUUGCAGUUGGAUGGGCAAAAUGUGACAGCACUACAAUGUAUAAAGAGGAUAUAUGCUAAAACGGGUAUAAGGGGGUUCUAUAAAGGCAUAACAGCUUCGUAUAUGGGGAUCAGUGAGACUGUAGUCCACUUCGUUCUGUACGAGGGUGUGAAGGCCCGUCUGAUGGCAGCCAGGAGUGUGGACGGUGUGCCCAGCGACCACCGCUCCCCGAGGGACUUCCUCGAGUUCAUGGGAGCUGGCGCCUUCUCUAAGACGGUCGCUUCGUGUAUUGCUUAUCCACAUGAGGUGGCAAGAACGCGUCUUAGAGAGGAGGGCGACAAAUACCGUAAAUUCUGGCAAACGCUUCACACAGUGUUGAAGGAGGAGGGAUACAGAGGAGUCUAUAGGGGACUGGGCACACAGCUGGUGCGUCAGAUACCUAACACGGCGAUCAUGAUGUCGACGUAUGAGGCCGUGGUGUACCUCCUCACAUCACACUUUAAUAGUUCCUUCUAUGAGAACACCUAGCUGACUGGGAGAGUUGUUAGUCGUGUCCGAGCCGCGUCCAGCGCCACGCCAGUAGUUUCGUAGGCCAUCGUUAGAUGACAACGUCCCGAAUGUCCGAGUAGAUGGAGACAUUGUAUAGUUGUUGCGGCUGAGAUGUUACGAAACGAAACCAAAACCCAGCCCAUUUUAGAUAAAAAAUUAAACACCAUGCUUCAUGUUUUCAGUAAGGACAACACAUUUAAAAGGCUUCUAACAGGCUGGUGGUAAUUUGGCUGUUUGUAAAUUUAAGAAACUGGUUGAUUACUUUUAAAGUUACUAUUUUAAGAAGUAGAUAAACGUUACGAAGAUCUUUAAACUUUUAAUAUUUAGCCAUUGAUUGGUCAGCUUUGUAGAUCAUAAUAAUAAAAUUGUAAAAAAACGUGUAAGGGAUUUGGAAUGUACUUACAAGGUGAUACUACUUAUGCAGAUAAGAUAAAAUAAUUUUCCGUAAAUUUUCUCCUAACCUUUAGACCUGGCGCAAUGUUGCCAUUCUAAAAAUACAUCUCUUCUCUACAAAUAAAAUAGAUCGUUAUUGCUUGGACGAUCUAAUCGCGCAAAAAUAUAGCUUUUAAAACAUAUAUUGGUGCAAUUUACUUGUUAAUGUGUAUAAAACAAUAUAUUAUUUAGUAUUGUAUAGUGUGUACAACUGAUAUAUUCUCAAUUUUUAUGAGUACCUGAAAUUAUUCAAGUUCUCAAUAAUACCAGUACAAUAUGUAUCUGUGUCUUAAUAAAUAUUGAACAAAAAUUUUAUAUUUUGAUGAAAAUAAAUAUUAAAAAUAUAAAAAAUAUUUUGAAGAGAUAGUCUUUGUGAAUACAUUGCCCGCCAGCAACCUGAAUUCGUUUAGUCAUUAGUUUCUAGUCUUGUUAAGUGUUAAAACCUUAUUCUUAAUUUCAGUAGGAUCAGCUGAUAAAAUUAAUUUGCUGGUAUAUAAAUAUAAUUUGUGCCAACUAGAAUAUUUUGGGAACAUCAUUUAGAAAAUAUUGUUUUAUGUAUCUGUGUAGGUAAUAAAAAGCGCUUUUUUACAAUAGCAAGUGUAGUUCGUAUUAAUUGUAUUGUACAUUAUGAUAAUGGACUAGUCAGUCAUUGUCCAAUAUUAUUUUCCUAAAGAUAACGUCCUUGAAAACAUUGCUACCACAAAGUGUUAUGCACAAGAGUAUUUUUUAUUAAAUUCUUUUUUUAUUCAGCACAAACAGUAAACAUAAGCUGUGAUAUAGAGCUUGUAAAUAUUAAUGAUGGAAAAUUAAUUACUGUCACACAUUGUUUAUUGUGCAAUUUUUUAAAUGUAUGGUCUAUUCUUAGUUAUUAGUUUGGUCUUGGACUUUACUUGUUUAUUUCAGUUAAACUCAAUACUAAUUGUUACAAGCCCUCUAUAUACCAAUUAUUUUUGUAUCUGUUAUCUGUUUUGGUUGUCUUGUAAUAUUUUCUAUUUUUGUGUUUCUUGUGCGCGAAACUGGUAAAUAUGAAUAGACCAUAAAUUUAAGAUUGUGUAAGUUUUUUAUAUAGAAGUUUAUCCAGUCUGGAAACACUGAACGUUUUGAGAUCAGUCAUAUUUUAUGGUUGAUAAAGAUUGUUAAAUAUUAUAAUUAUAUCAAAGUUAAUAAGAGUGAUUUAUAAAUUAAGCAUAAUACUGUUUCCAGACAUAGACAAGUAGAUCUUUGUUGGUUAUGUUAAAAUUUAGAGGACACAUUUGGACUUUUGUCGGACUGAGUAUAAAGUACUAUUAUUUGUUUAAUAAAUAAAAUAUUUAAA